AUGUCAAAGGUCCUGAUUAAUUAUUUAAAGAAACAAGUUGAGGAGCUACGUAAUCAGAACAGCCAGCUUGUGCUGGAAAAUGAACAAUUAAAAACAACACUCAAGAAUUCAGCGCCAACAACUCCGAAGAAACAAGAUAAGCAGAAUGUUGAAGAAAUAAAGAAGUCCGCAAAAGAAUUUGAUGAUCUAGUUUACUGUAAUACUCAACUCGCCCUCGCAAACGAAGCUCUCGCAGAUACAAUUGAACAGCUAAAAGAAGAGCUUGCAGCAACGAGGAAGAACGAAGAUAGCACUAUUGGCGAGUAUAAGACCGAUCAGUUCAUUGCCAAAGUCCAAGAAGAGAUGAGAAAAGAAAAAUUAAAUUCCGAUAAAUUAGCAGAGGAAAACAAAGAACUUAAAACAUUGUUAUUAGAGCAAAACGAAAAACUCAAGAAACUAAGAGCAAAUUCACCAAAGAAAUCAAACGAAAAAGGAAAAAAUCAAGAAUUAAUCAAAGCUUUGCAUCUUGAUCCAGAUACGGCCAAAUACAUCAACGAACUACCUGAUGCUAAGGGCUUCGCUCAAAUUCAAACUAUCAUCAACCAAAUUAACGAAAAAAGUAAAUUACAAUAUGAAGUCUUAAAUGGCGUUCUUUUCGAGUUAAAGAAAUUAAUGGAAGCAGAAAUGAAUACUCCUGGUACUCGUGAUCGGUUAUUCAUUGAUUUCGUCGAUCAAAAUAUUAAAAUUCACGGAGGAGGCAAACAAAUCGCUCUUCUUACAGGAACAAACCUUUCAAACAGAGCUGUCCCUUUGGAGAAGUUCAUAGACAAAGAAGAUCCUCUUUACCAGCUUUUUAUCGCUCAAUUUUUGUUAUCAUGCAAAUUAAUCAAACAAAACUCGCGUUACACCGAAGAAUUCGAGCGUAUUAACAAAGAAAUGGCCAAGCAUGGCAUGAAGGACAUCAGUGAACUUGAAAACGUCAUAGUUUCUUCGAUGAAUAAUGAAGAUGAAAAUGAUUCUUUAUUAGAACGGAACGCAAAGGUCACAGAAACGAACAGAUUAUUAUCAGCAGAGAACACACAGCUCGCAGACCAUCUUGCAGAGCUUUCCAAGGAUCAUUCAUCAUUAUCAUUAAAAUUAACAGAGAAAGACAAACAAAUAGACACUCUUAAGAAGAUGAACUCGCUUCUUAAAGGAGAAAAUGAAGAUCAGAAGGCUCAAAUCACUCAGUUAAUGGAUCAAAUUUCGAAUAUAAGUAAUCCAAUCACAAUUAAGUCCCAUUCUGACAUUAUAUCAGCAGGAAUUGUUGAUGAUUUGAGGAAUAAAGUUUCUAAGCUUCAAUCAAAGGUCAGACAACUGAAAAGGAAGCAAAGAAACGAAAUUUCCGAGUUAACAGGAAUUUAUGAGUCCCAGAGGAUGUCGUUAUCACAGAGUGCUGAAAUAUAUCUAUCGCAGGCAUCAGCUGAAGCCAGGAAACUCCCAGAAGACCUUCAAAAGUCAAAUCUCGACAUAAUGAGGAAAUCUAAUGAAAUAGAAGACCUCAGACGCCAAAUUGAUAGUCUAAAGAGAGGAAAGGCAACAUUAGAAGCGCAGUUAAACGAAUCAGAAAGGAAGAAUUCCAAAUUAUUACAAAGUUCUCAAGAAAAAGAGAUCCAGUUUGCAAAAGAACUCGCUGAAAAGCAGAGGGAAGAUAAAAGGAAGACGAAAGAGUUGAAACAGUCCGCUGUUUGGCCUUUCCUUUGCGCUGCAAACAUGGUCGCUUUGGAAUAUGGAAUUAGCGUUGAUGAUAUCAAUGAUUUCGCUAGAGUAAUGCAAUUGGCAAAGAAAGAUAUUAGCAAUUUGAGAUACUUCCAACAAAACUCUGUUAAAUUUACGAAAUAA